AUGAGCGUAAAGACUUUUUCUUGGGAAGAAAUUGAAAAGCACAACCAUGAAGGAAGUGCUUGGUUAGUCAUUCACGGAAAGGUUUAUGAUGUAACCAAGUUUAUUCCUCAACAUCCUGGUGGUGAUAUGAUCUUGUUGGGUGCCGGUAGACACUCUACAGAACUCUUCAUCAGUCACCAUCCAACCAAGACCAUCACCAAUACUAAAUUCUUGGAAAAGUUUUACAUUGGAGAUCAUAUUUUCGCUCCUGAUAGUCAAACCACGUUCUAUGAUGAAUGUAGAGCUGAAGUCGAAAAAUACUUUAAAGAAAAUAAUUUAACUCCACGUGAUGUACCUGCAAUGUACUUGAAGACCAUUCUCUCCCUCUCUGUUUGGUUCAUUUUGUACUUGGCUACCUUUUAUUAUUUUAAUUCCAUAAUCCUUUCUUUGCUUGUUGCUAUUGUGUGGGGUUGGUCUAAUGCCAAUAUUGGUAUGGGUAUGAUGCACGACGCUAAUCAUGGAGGUUAUUCUGAUAAUCCAACUAUUAACAGAAUUGUCGGAUUGUGUUUCGAUAUUUUGGGUGGUUCUUCUUUUACUUGGAAGAUGAUUCACUCUGUUGGACACCACGUUAAUACCAAUGUCGAAGAACGUGAUCCUGAUAUUCACACCAAUGAACCUCAUUUUAGAAAGAUUAAGGAAGGUCAAAAACAACACUGGUGGUAUUCAUAUCAACAUAUUUAUUUGCCAUUCCUCUAUUGCACUUUACUUUUUGAAUUGGCUUUCCGUGACUUUGCUGCCAUGAUGAUUGGUGCUUGGGGCGGUGUUAAAUUCCAACCUGCUCCAAAGAAUGAAUAUCUUCUCUUUGUUUCUUCCAAGAUGUGUUGGUUGACUUAUUCAUUGGCUUUCCCAUUAAUGUUCUCUCAUCAUUCUACUGCUACUGUCUUUAUGUUGUGGACCAUUGCUUAUAUGGUUGCUUCAUUCAUUUUGGUUUUGAUGUUCCAAGUCAAUCACGUCACACCACUUACUGAUACUUAUCAUGUUGAAAAUGAUGGUAUGGUUCAUGCUGACUGGGGUGUAACUCAAGUCAGUGGUUCUAGUAACUUUGCUUGUCGUUCUUGGUUGUGGAAUCACAUUAGUGGUGGUUUGUGUCAUCAAACCGAACACCAUCUUUUCCCAACUAUUUGUCACAUUCACUACCCUCAAAUUCAACCAAUUGUUGAAAAGUGUGCCAAAAAGUAUAACAUUAGAUAUAACGCUUAUCCAUCUUUCUGGGACGCUGUUGUUGGUCACUUUACCUUAUUGAAGGAAAUGGGUGCACAAGGAAAGAAAGUUACCGGAUGGAAAGAUUUGUAA